AUGUCGGGGGUACGCGCUGCUGCGCGCUGCGUCCUCAGUGCGUCCCGGCGGUCGCUCCAAUCGCGCGCCUUCAUGUCCACGCGUGCGCCCGAUCCGCUGUUCCAGACGCCAUCGUUCCCCAUGCCCGAAGACCCGUUGCUGGGGCAGGACAAGUACUUGCGCGCGGAUCCGUCGCACCUGUGGAAAGUGGGCUCGUUCCCGCUGCAGAGCGGACCGAUGGACGACGAAGACGGUGACCUGACGUGCUCGGAGGACCUGUGGGACACGUCCGGAAUGCUCAGCGCGCUGCACGACUCGUUGCCGCUGCGUGACGAUGCCAGCGGCCGCAAGAGCGACGACCUCCUGCGGCAGCUCGAGGGGUACCUGGCGGACAGCGUCGUGAAGAAGCGGCGAAAGAAGAUGAACAAGCACAAGUGCCGCAAGCGCAAGAAAGCGCAGCGCAUGCGCACGAAGAAGAACUGA